AUCGGAGUCUCCGAGCAGGCUUGCGCUCGGGUGCUGCCAGUAUGGCGAAGAUGUUGUCGCUGCAAGUAGGUCAUCUGUGUUUGAUGCUGUGACUCACCUGUCACUGCAGAUGGUUCAGCGGGUACCUCUCGAGAUCAUCGGGCGCAUAGUCGCUCUGGUAGGUUGAAGUGGAUCAGCGCACGCCUCAAAAGUCUCGUGAAGCGGUGCAAGUCGCUGCCUUGCAAGCCAAUUGGCAGGGAAAGGCACAGAUGGAGGGACAUUUCUGAACGAGAUGUCUGCGGCGGCUGGGCGGCUCUGGCGUACACAGCAUCCCGACAAGGUUCAGAUUUGCGCGUGAGACCGGUGAACUGGUGAUGAUUCAUAUGUUGCUCCUACUCUGUUUGAUGGAAAACCUGCCUAUCGUCACUGUGGCGCGGCGCAGCCUUCGCCUAAGGAUCUUCGCGUAUAAAGCUCAAGAGCGAAGAGCCCGAGCCCCUUCAACCUUCAGUACUCAGUAUUCACCACCAGAGCGAGCGAACAUUACAAUAUGUCCUCCGAUGCAAGCGCAGAAAUAGUAUCGGAGCUGUACUCAGUGUUCUUCGGCAACUGCGUUGGUAACGCCAUGGGAGCACUCUCGUUAUACGAAUUCAUCAUCAACUUUGACAUGGAGGUCAUCACCGCUUGGCAGAGGAAGAAGACGGUGACGUCUGUGCUGCUGAUUAGCAUCCGCUGGAUCAUGCUCGCGAACGGCGUACUGUUGUUUGCACCGGCUACGUCCUACAGGGGAUGCGUAGCAGCCGCGGUCUUAGUGGACGCACUCUCUAUCAUCGGCUUUGCGCAAAAUGCCUUGUUCGCGGCACUACGAGUCUAUGCACUGGCAGACAGAAACUCCGCGUUAUCUGCACUUGUUCUCGUCCUGAGUAUGAUGCCAGCUGGGACGAACCUGUAUACGAUGGCUCAUUAUGUCUAUUAUCAUGACAGUGGAUCGUGUGCCUUGAAUGUUGUUGGCAUACCAGAUUCACUGCAUACAAAACUGGUGCUGCUCACGAGAUGCUCUUUAGUCGCUGCCGAUGCCAUUGCCUUGGCCGUAACAUGGAGAAAGACCUUCCAGCAGUGGCGGAGUGCCCGCCGUGUGAACAUACACUUGCCAGUCACGACGUGCCUUCUCCGAGACGGUAAGGUCUUAUUCGCCGCGGCACUCAUCCUGCUCGCCAUCAACAUCGCCAAUGUAACUUCCAUUCUCCCAUCCGUCACCCUGCCCUUCACCGGCCUCGUUGAAUUUCUCCCACCUAUCCUCGUCUCCCGCUUCCUCCUCAACCUGCGCUCCAGCACCGAGUCCGGCAUCACAGACCCCAGCAUCCCACGGCUCUCGGAGCUCAGCGUCCACUUUGCAACGUCGAAUGUGUCAAAUGUCAUCGGCAAUAUUGGCGCACCGCUAGACUACACGCAGGCUGAGGAGCUGAUCCGCGCCGAGUACGAGUUCCCUGGAGACGAGAGCGACGCGUCCUUGUCUGAUACUGCGUCGGCUACCAUCGGCGCGUGACUCUGUGUUCGCCCGGAGGAUAGAGGACGUGUAGAGCUGCGAAACACAGGUCCGAGGAGUUCUACACCGAUGCGUUUCAGGACCCACAACGUCUCUAUCUUCAGCUGAAUUGACAAGCGAGGGUAGACGAGCAUCUACCGAACUUGCCGAGACCUGCUAGCUCGAUGCUACCGACCUGAUGUCCUCUAGAGUCGCCAGAACUUUGCUUUUAUCUGUACAGUACGACCAACCAUAUCAUCGACUACUUCUGCGGGCCUAUGUGCUGAGAAAUAGGCCAUACAGCCUCCAGCACCUAAUGGCGAUGGCUGCGACUGCGAGAGCGGCGCAGAUCACUACUGCGUAUCUUAGACACUGAUAUAAUCUCUUCGAGCCCUUGCUUU